AUGCUUGGCGACAGUCUCUUCAGCUGGUUUUCUUUUUCGAAGCAGGAGCCCACUAACAGCGCUACCUGGGAUGCAACCACAGCCUCCAUCCAGAACCACCAGUUCACCAGCCCUAACCCUCCCUCCACCGAAAGUGUGGUUACUGAGCAGCCUGAUUUGCAGGAGAACAUGACGCUACGCGGUGGUGACUCUGGUGAUCUGCGCCGGUAUUCUCUGCUUCGAAUGCUGCUGCUAGUUGAAUGCACAAGUGAUGGCAUGAUUCUCCGCCUUGACGAUGAUCGCGAGAUGAUCAUAGCGCACAUGGCGAAGACCACGCAAUCGUGCUCAAGGGGCACAUCCAACCUCCAUUGCCGGUUCAGCCCCAAGGAAGCAACCCUGAUUUGGCGUUACUCUGUGGCCGUCACUCACCCAAUCGGAGAUUCUCGGUUUAUCCCCUAG